UCAACGAGAGACCCAGUAUUCGUCUCACCUCUAUCUUAUCAAAUGUUAGUUUGAACUAGCAAGAAGCCCAGAAGCUACAAUUUCCACGCCCUACGCGAGCGAGCCGCCGUGCGCCGUUGAUUCCGUCAGCCUGCUUCGAGGCUGCCUGGAUUCCGUCUACCGCUCGCACAUACGGGCACAUACACAGCCAGAUGCGGCUGCUAUAUACUACAGGUGAUGGGAGUCUUGAGUGGACCGAAGACUUCGCUAGGAACAAGAUCCCACCGUACGCGAUCCUCUCACACACCUGGGGGGCGCAGGAAAUGACAUUUGACGAUCUGAAAGACAUCGAAAAUGCACAAAGCAAGGAGGGAUUUCGGAAGAUUCGCUUCUGCGCGCAACAAGUCAAGCGUGAUGGUCUGGACUACUUCUGGAUUGACACCUGCUGCAUUAACAAGGCAAACUACACAGAACUGUCAAAAGCAAUCAACUCUAUGUUCCGAUGGUACCAGAACGCUGAAAAGUGUUAUGUCUUCCUUUCGGACGUCGGAAACGAUACCUUGGAAGGAGAUGGGGAGUCGGUGUUCAGGCAGAGCAGGUGGUUCACACGAGGCUGGACGCUUCAGGAACUACUGGCUCCUCGCUCCGUCGAGUUCUUCUCGAAAGAGGGAGCGCGACUAGGGGACAAGGAGUCUCUUCAGCACACCUUACACGAGGUCACAGGAAUUCCUAUCGAAGCUCUGUUAGGGAGCGACUUGUCCAAGUUUGACAUUGCUAGACGGUUUUCCUGGGCAGCAAAACGGCAGACGACAGAGGAGGAAGAUGGAGCUUAUUGUCUAUUCGGCAUUUUCGACGUCCACCUACCGCUAAUUUAUGGCGAACGCAAAGAGAACGCACUGGAGCGACUGAGAAGUGCGGCUGACCUGAAAUACAAUGGCCGCAGCCAUGAACGAGAAAAAAGGCUCAGCAAGAUCUGCAGCUGGCUCUCGGCGCCUGAUCAGUCCAUCAACUACCGCGAAGCUCUCAAGAAGCGGCAGGCUGAGACCGGGCUAUGGCUACUAGAAAGCGCAAAAUUUAUCGAAUGGAAGGAGAGUGCAGCAUCGCAACUGUGGCUAUACGGGAUCCCAGGGUGUGGAAAGACAGUCCUAAGCUCUACCAUCAUCGAGCAUCUGAUGCAGGUCUGCCUUGAUGACACUAGCGCAGUAAUAGCGUACUUCUUCUUCGACUUUAACGACAAGCAGAAACAGAACCCAGAGCUGAUGCUGCGCUCGCUGUUCUGCCAGCUCCUGCAGCCUUUCGUCGCAAUACCCAAUAGCGUCGACGCGUUCUUCUCAUCCAGCGACAAUGGACAGCGACAGCCAUCAUUGGAUAUGCUGCUGGAGGCCACGUCUCAGGUGAUGCAACAGCUCACGCACGUCUACAUCGUUCUUGAUGCGCUCGACGAAUGUACACAACGCCAAGAACUGAUGGACAUGCUUGAGACGGUGGCUGGGUGGCAGCUCGACAAUGUGCAUCUGCUCAUGACCAGCCGGAAAGAGCGGGACAUCGAGAGCUCUUUAGAGGGAUACCUCAAGGAAGAAGACAUUAUUUGUCUUCAAGGGGAUUUAGUGGAUGGGGAUAUACGGCGAUACGUUCAACAAAGGCUGUCUAACGACAAGACUUUGGCAAAAUGGAACAAGGACGCUGCUGUAAGGCAAGAGAUUAAGGUUGCACUAAUGCGCGGAGCUCAUGGGAUGUUCCGAUGGGCUGCAUGCCAGCUUGACACGGUAGCAAACUGUCGGAAUCGAGCGGCGCUGCGCAAGUCACUCGCCACUUUACCAGAAACUCUAGACGAGACGUAUGACCGUAUCCUUUGCGCAAUUAGCAGGAGAGACUGCGAUUACGCAAAGCGCAUCCUGCAGUGGCUGACGUUCUCUACGCGGCCAAUGUUAGUAGACGAGAUUGCAGAAGUUGUUGCUAUCGACGUGGCGCGCGACCCAGCGUUUGACCACGAUGAAGUGCUAGAGGAUCCGCUAGAAGCACUGAACAUAUGCUCGAGUCUGGUCACAAUUUCAACAAUCCAGACCCGAGGAUUGGGUCAUGCCGAACAGGUUAUCGCUCUGGCACACUAUUCUGUUCAGGAAUACCUUGUCUCAGACAGAAUCAAACAAGGCCCUGCGAAUCAAUACAGGAUGCAUGAAGCCGAAUGUCACGGUGUAAUGAUGGAUGGUUGUUUAAGGUAUCUACUACAAUUACAGCGACCAUUGUCGGAAGAAGCCAUUCAUACGUUGGCGCUGGCACGGUAUGCGGCAGAGUCUUGGAGCAGUCAUCUUGGAAAAACAGGAGAGGAUACGGAAAGAUUGAUUCAGCCAGCCAUGGAUCUUAUGUCGACAGAAAACCCUGCAUAUCUCACCUGGAUCCAGUUGUAUGAUCCGGACAGUCCUUGGUUGCAACCAGAUUUGCGCAAAGGUCGAGGGAGCGUAGCGGCACCGCUUUACUACGCAGCGCUCUUAGGCCUGAAUGCGAUUACGAAGCUGUUGCUGGACCAAGGCGCUAAGGUCAAUACACAAGGCGGACGCUACGGUAACGCACUCCAUGCAGCUUCACUCAAAGGUCACAAGCAGAUAGUCCGGAUGCUGCUCACCGCAGGCGCUGACAUCGAUGCACAGAGUGAAGAUUACGGCAACUCACUCCAAGCAGCUUCAUAUGAAGGUCACGAGCUGAUAGUCAAGAUGCUGCUCGAAGAGAGGGCAGACGUUAACGCGCGAGGUGGAAAAUACGGUAAUGCGCUCCAGUCAGCUUCGGCUGCAGGUCACCAGGCAAUAGUACAGCUGCUUCUUGAUAAAGGUGCUGAUGUCAACAAGCAGGGCGGUCUCUAUAGCAACGCUCUCAACGCGGCUGCAUCUGAGAGCCAUGAAGCUAUUGUUGAGCUCCUAAUCAAGAACAGCGCUGACGCCUCACGAUACGAUAGCCAGGGAAAAAAUGUCUUGCAUCAUGCUACCAACAGCGCGUACUGUAGCCUCAGUCUUGUCAAGGUUCUGCUCUCACAAGGCGUUCCGGCAGACACGGCCGACAUCGAGAACAUGACUCCACUCCAUUACAGCGUCAAGUUCGGCCACAAAUCCAUAGUAGAACUGCUUGUUGACAGUGGUCUGCCCAUUGAUGUCGGUGUCUAUCGAAAGCCGCGGUCUCGAAACACUUUGGACACCGACACCCCCUACCGAUCAUCGGUUCCAGAGUCCGAGUCACACGUCUCAUGCGCUUCAGCUGGUCUGACACCUUUACACUUCGCGGCCUUGACUGGCGAUUCAGUUAUGACCAAGUUCCUCCUGGAGCGUGGCGCUGAUCCGAACGCUCUCUCCGGAUACAACGAAUCCCCAAUGCAUCUCACGUUACGUAAGACCCUUAAUGGACCAAAGUAUGACGACGACUGGACCAAAUCUUACUGGAGGGUAGAAAGCUUGUCGGAAUUGUCGGAAUUCGAAGAAGACGACACUGAUGCGAUUGAUGCGGACAUAGCAAGGCAUCGCCAAGGCGUGCUUGAUGCGAUGCUCGCAGACGCUAGAACCAGUCUGAUGAUCAGAGAUUAUCAGCAUGAGUACCCUUUGCAUUGCAUCGAGUAUGGGCAGUUUGGAAGUGUACAGACGCUCAAUAAACUAGUGUCGAGAGGAGCAAAUCCGUUUGAAAGGAACUUGAAGCAGCAGAACGCACUGCACCUUGCCAGCCGAGCGGGCGAUCACGAUGCAGUCGCUGUUCUACUUUCCCUGGGAGUUGAACCUGCCUUGACAGAUAUUGAGGGACUCAAUGCUCUUCACCACGCCGCGCGGAGUGGAAAGGUUGAAACAAUCACUGUCCUUCUGGAAACAACUGUGGCAACAAGGCCAAUCCUAAUGUUGUCGAAGGACGCUAUGGGUAGGAACCUACUUCAUCACCUGCUGUCUACGACUUCUAGGGUUCGUCACGAAACAAUACGUUUGCUGCUCGACAAGGGGGUAGAUGGUUUAGAGCUGGAUGCAUCUGGCAACUCACCGUUGGCGUGCUACCUAAAACGACACCAGUUUGAACCAAACAUUGACAUCUGCCAACAAUUGCUUUCGGUCAAAGGAAGCUAUUUGUUUGUCGACAGGAAAGGGCAAAACCUAGGACACUUAUGCACUUGGAGCUCGAACUGCAGUGUUCGAGUUUUGGAGACCCUGAGGGAACACGGUGUUGAUCUGACGCAGAAAGACUUACAAAGCAGAACAGUAUUGCACUGUGCUGCGAUAAAGGGCUCCCUCACUAAAGAAUCUUUGCAUUAUCUUCUCCAUGUAGUCGGCAUCGAGAUAAAUGCAGAAGAUGGGUCUGGAAGAACAGCGCUGCAGCUUGCAGCAGAAAUGGCAUCAAAAGAUUACCACCCACAGAUCUUUGAUCGUGGGCGCUGGGACAGAAGCAGGAGGCUUUUGUCGGAAUCAGGUGUCAGUAAAGCAGCAUAUAGAGCCAUAGAGAGCUAGACGUAGCAAUUCUCAAGGACGCAACGUGAUAGUGCAGAAAUGCAAGUUCCAGG